GUGGGCUGGGCCGGCAGUGUAGGCAGGGCCAGGGCUGACAGGAACUCUCCCCUCUGGGCACAGGAGCCGAGCACCAUGGCUUACCACAGCUUCCUGGUGGAGCCCAUCAGCUGCCACGCUUGGAACAAGGACCGCACGCAGAUCGCCAUCUGCCCCAACAACCAUGAGGUGCACAUCUAUGAGAAAAGUGGAGCCAAGUGGUCCAAGGUGCAUGAGCUCAAGGAGCACAACGGGCAGGUGACAGGCAUCGACUGGGCCCCUGAGAGUAACCGUAUCGUGACCUGUGGCACAGACCGUAACGCCUAUGUGUGGACGCUGAAGGGCCACAUGUGGAAGCCCACACUUGUCAUCUUGCGCAUUAACCGGGCUGCCCGCUGUGUGCGCUGGGCCCCCAAUGAGAACAAGUUUGCUGUGGGUAGUGGCUCCCGUGUCAUCUCCAUCUGUUAUUUCGAGCAGGAGAAUGACUGGUGGGUGUGCAAGCACAUCAAGAAGCCCAUCCGCUCCACCGUCCUCAGCCUUGACUGGCAUCCGAACAAUGUGCUCCUGGCUGCUGGCUCCUGCGACUUCAAGUGCCGGAUCUUCUCUGCCUACAUCAAGGAAGUAGAGGAGCGUCCAGCACCCACACCAUGGGGCUCUAAGAUGCCCUUCGGGGAGCUGAUGUUUGAGUCCAGCAGUAGCUGCGGCUGGGUGCAUGGUGUCUGCUUCUCAGCCAGUGGAAGCCGUGUGGCCUGGGUCAGCCAUGACAGCACCGUGUGCCUGGCUGAUGCAGACAAGAAGAUGGCUGUUGCGACCCUGGCCUCUGAAACGUUGCCGCUGUUGGCACUCACCUUCAUCACAGAAAACAGUCUGGUGGCAGCGGGCCAUGACUGCUUCCCGGUGCUGUUUACCUAUGAUGGUGCUGCGGGGUCGCUGAGCUUUGGUGGGCGGCUGGACGUGCCCAAGCAAAGCUCGCAACGCGGCCUGACUGCCCGUGAGCGCUUCCAGAACCUCGACAAAAAGGCAAGCUCAGAGGGCGGCGGGGCCGCCGGUGCUGGCCUGGACUCUCUGCACAAGAACAGUGUCAGCCAGAUCUCGGUGAUUAGUGGGGGCAAGGCCAAGUGCUCCCAGUUCUGCACAACGGGCAUGGAUGGUGGCAUGAGCAUCUGGGAUGUGAAGAGCCUGGAGUCAGCCCUGAAGGACCUCAAGAUCAAAUGAGCUAUGAGGAAGCUGUCGCCCUCAUCCCAGCUGCUGGGGCAAGGGUGCAAGUGAGGGGGUCGAGGAGGCUAAAGAUUGCUUUGCUGAGUAUUUCUAGGGUAACUUUGGGUCCCUAUGCAGACUGCUCCCUCAGAAGAGAGGAGAGCUUUUCUUACCUGUACAACGAACAUGUGCCUUUUUCUAAAGGAACGCUUUCAUUUAUUGCAAAAAGAAAAAAGCCCCCAAAGCACUAUGCUGGUCAUAAACUGCUUCAAAAUGUGGAAAUAAUAAAAAUGCCAUUGUGGACUCGUGUGGUGGAAAGACA